AUCUUUUUCUUUUUUUUCCAUUGUUGUUCAUUCUUUACCUUUACCCGCACUUACACAUCAUGUUCAGACUUUUGCCCGCUCGUACUUCUAAUACCAUUGCCACAGCUGUCUCUUUCAGUACAAAGCGGACUCUUUUGACCUCAACCGCUGCUGCUACUACAAAGCGCACACUCCUCAACAACACUAUCGACACCCGCUCCGCAGCAGCAUGGUCCCUUUUCAGCAGACAAAUCCCGACCAGAGCUAUGAAGAUCAAUCUGGCUGCUACUCAACAAGUUCGCACCAUGUUCAUUCAGACCGACACAACACCUAAUCAAGACUCUCUCAAGUUCAUCCCUGGAGUUGCAGUCAUGUCAGAUGGUUCUACAGCCGAGUUCUUGGAUGCCCGUAACGCUAUGAAUUCCCCUUUAGCCAAGAAACUCUUCCAGAUCGACGGCGUCCGUGGUGUGUUCUUUGGACCUGAUUUUCUCACCAUCACAAAGGAUCAGGAUGCUGUCUGGCAACUGAUGAAACCCGACAUCUACUCUGCUAUCAUGGAUUUCUUUGCCUCAGGUCAACCCAUUAUCUCUGAAUCUGCAGAAGGAGCUGAGACUCAUAGCGAUACCAUGAUCUUGGAAGAUGAUAGUGAGACAGUCCAGAUGAUCAAGGAGUUACUCGAUACCCGUAUCCGUCCUUCAAUUCAGGACGAUGGCGGUGAUAUCGAAUACAGAGGAUUUGAGGAUGGUAUCGUCAAACUGAAGCUGAAGGGUGCUUGCAGAACUUGUGAUAGCUCAACUGUCACCCUCAAGAACGGUAUCGAAAAUAUGUUGAUGCACUAUGUCCCUGAGGUUACCUCAGUUGAACAGGUCUUUGAUGCUGAUGAAGAAAUGGGACAACUCGAGUUUGAGAAAUUGGAGAGACGUCUCAUGAAUCAGUAA